GCGCCGCCGGCAACGCCACAGUCCGCCUCGACCGCCGAACCAAGAUGUUCGUGCACACGGCGCGGGAGGCCAACGACGGCGCGGCGUGGGCGGAGAAGGACGCGGAGCUGGGCCUCUUCGACGCCUUCUUCGCCAGCCUCUCCAUGAUUCUCGUCAGCGAGAUUGGGGACGAGACGUUCAUCAUCGCGGCCCUCAUGGCCAUGCGCCACCCCAAGUCCAUCGUGCUCUCCGGCGCCCUCUCCGCGCUGGUAGUCAUGACGGUGCUGUCGACGGGGCUUGGCAGGAUCGUCCCCAACUUGAUAUCCAGGAAGCACACCAACAGCGCAGCAACUGUCCUCUAUAUGUUCUUUGGGCUACGGUUGCUUUACAUUGCUUGGAGGUCAGAUUCAACGGCAUCACAAGAAAUAGAAGAAGUACAGGAAAAGCUGGAAGCGGGUCAAGGGAAAUCCACAUUUAGACGCAUCUUUUCAAGAUUCUGUACUCCUAUUUUCCUGGAGUCAUUUGUGUUGACCUUCCUGGCUGAGUGGGGCGAUCGGAGUCAGAUAGCCACAAUAGCGCUGGCUACGCACAAGAAUGCUGUAGGUGUGGCCGUAGGAGCAACGUUGGGGCACACCAUCUGCACAUCAUUCGCAGUGGUGGGCGGCAGCAUGCUGGCGUCGAGGAUAUCUCAGGGCACAGUAGCCACCAUUGGAGGCCUUCUCUUCUUAGGCUUCUCAGUAUCAUCAUACUUCUACCCACCAUUGUAACCGCACCCUGUGCUUCCUGCAGCAGUUCUUUCAUUUGUUCGUACACUCCCUAACCCACGUCUCAUCCUAUUUAUACCAGCAUAUGAUGCUUGGCAUACAGAUUUUUGUUGUACCGCUAUACACUGAUAUAUGUCGAGUAGGGUAUGUUCCUGCUAAUAUAUACAACUUGUCAUCAUUUCAAGAAAGGGAUAUCCUGAGAACC